GACUGGUUGGAGCUGCGCGCCUGGAUCAGAGCCAAACCCGUCUGGUGUCAAACCAGCCUGAACAGAUUCUCUCAGACAUCUCAUUUCUUCCCUUCAUUCCUGAAACGGCAGCCUGCCCACCCCUCGCGUAAAGUUAUUUAAACCUGAUAGCUCAUCACCUGCCUGUCCCCUAUAUGAGGAUCUCUGUGGGGCUAUAAGACUCUCUCUCUCCAUAAGGCACCCGGCAGAUACGCAUGGUUUUUACGCGCAGAUCACCAAAGUUCUCCCUUCUGUUUGACCAGAACUGAUUCCUUGAUUCUCUGGUGUCCGACUUUUUCCAGAUAUUUUCAAAUGUUGCUUUCAUCCUUGGAAAUGCUCCAUGCAGAUCCAUAAGGAACCAAAUUCUGGUUAAUAUGAACUUUUUGCCAAGUGGAAUAUGUUUGUAUCUGUCUGUAGCAACCUGCUGGCUCUCUGCCAAGGUCGAUGCGUCCUGGUGGUACAUGGGCACUCUGGGCUCCCAGGUGAUGUGCGACAACAUCCCUGGCCUGGUGAACAAACAGCGCCAACUCUGCCGCCAGCACCCCAAAGUGAUGCAGGCCAUCGGGGCCGGGAUGAAGGAUUGGAUCUCUGAGUGCCAGUACCAGUUCCGUAACCACCGCUGGAACUGCAACACAACAGCCAGAGACCAUAACUUGUUUGGGCGUCUGCUUUUACGGGGCAGUCGAGAAGUUGCCUUUGUGUACGCCAUCUCCUCUGCAGGAGUGGUCUACACUUUGGCGCGAGCUUGCAGCCAGGGUGAGCUGGACAGCUGCUCCUGUGACCCCACUAAAAAGGGGUCAUCGCAGGACUCCAAGGGCUCCUUCGACUGGGGAGGCUGCAGCGAUCAUGUGGAGCAUGCCAUUCAAUUUAGCCAAAUCUUUGUGGAUGCCAAGGAGAGGAAGGAGAGGGAUGCCCGAGCACUCAUGAACCUGCACAACAACAGAGCAGGCAGGAAGGCAGUGAAGCGCUUUAUGACUUUGCAGUGUAAAUGUCACGGAGUUAGUGGCUCCUGCAGCGUCCGUACCUGCUGGCAGGCUAUGGCCGACUUCAGACGCACUGGUGACCACUUGAGGAGGCGAUACAACGGUGCUGUGCAGGUCGCAGUCAAUCAGUAUGGAACCGGGUUUACAGCUACGCACACACACUUCAAACGCCCCACCAAAAAUGACCUGGUCUACCUGGAAGACUCGCCAGACUACUGUAUACAGGACCGUCAGUCAGGAUCAAUGGGCACCGGAGGACGGCUCUGCAACCGGACUUCCCGCGGCAUGGACGGCUGCGAGGUGAUGUGCUGCGGCCGAGGCUACGACACUGCGCGCGUCAGCCGCACCACCAAGUGUGAGUGCAAGUUCCACUGGUGCUGCGCCGUCCGCUGCAGAGACUGCCAGCAGCUGGUGGACGAGUACACCUGCAAACCCCAGACAUGAUGAUCAGCUGCUGAGACGGUCUGAGCUCCACUGAUAUUUAUAGGUAGACUUCAGUCUCUGCUGCUCUGCUUCUGUUUAUUCCCAACAAGACAGACACCAACUGGUUUGAAGAAAGCUUCACCUCCUUCCUGAACCACUGAUGCUCAGAUUAAUGAAUGUUGGAACUUGAGUGCCUUGCUUAACUAUUUAAACCCUUUAUUUUUUUUUUUUUUACUCUGGUUAAGAUUCAUGAUUCAUUUUGAAUGCAAAGAGACUUUUCUACCUGCUCUUCAUGGACACUAAUCGUAUUUAAGUUGGACGCAUAUUUCAUUCAGCUUAUCUAAUCCAUUACAUUUCUUGGACAGAUUAACGUCUGAUGGUUGUCGUCCUUCCCAUCAACCGUGUUUCUGUUGGAUCUGAACUGCAGACCCGGGGAGGCUGGGUUUCUGCUCACUUUAUAAUCACACAGAUCUUUGUUGGGUUUAGUUUCCCUUCUAUUGAGGGGAUCAUCUGUUGUGCGUCUUUAGGGAAAGCGCUCUUGAGGUUCACCACAGACCUGACCUUAACUCCUGUAUACCAGAACACAUUUAGUUAACAGCUUUUUUUUCCAUUUUGCACCUUCCAUUAUUGUCAAUCUGUUCAGAACGUCUGUCUCUACAUUACUCUAACCGUCUGUUCCUCAUCAAUAAAUCUGUAA